AGAGCUAGCCGAUAGCUAGCUAGCAUUUAUAACAAAAUGCCCAUGUAUCGUCCAGCCCAGAGAAAGCCCUAGCAGUCUAAUAAACAUAGAGGUGACACGGCUCCGUUUAUAGGGCGGUUUGGGAAAUAGCGGAGGAAUUUUCGGCUAUUUUAAUGACCCGCAAACCCCAAUUUUUGCGGCCCGGGAGUCAGAGCGCUGGAACAAGAGAGCACCAGCACCGUCUGCGGAUGUGAAGAGGACUGAUAACGUUAGCUAACCUCCGACACACUGGCUUUAUGAACCGGGAACAGUUUGAAGGCUGACCAGCCGCUCCACGUAGAUACCACUUAAAGGCCACAAAUGAAGUGAAACCAAGUGUGAUCUCCAAACAGCUGUUCUCCUCUGCUCUACGCUAAAUCUUCUGUCACAGCCCCUUCAACAACUCUUACAGUGCUUCAGUGCCACUUGCAAGAAUGGAUUGGGCCACACCAGCUGCCAAACUGAAUCCCUACACCCGGGCCCGCAUGUCAGAGGCCUGGCAGCAGCAUGCGGUCGCUCCACCUCCAGUCGUCCACACCAUCCCUCCAGGAGCCGAGAACGCGUUGGGCUGUGCUGUGUAUGGCAUAGUGCUGCAGCCAGAUGCUACGUCUUUACAGCAACAGCAACAGAAUCAGCACGGACAGCACAGCCAACACAGCGGGGGUCAGCAGCAUGGAGGCGGGCAGCAUAGUCAGCAGCAGCAGCACCCCGUCCAGGCCCAGCAGACCUCCCUACAGGUAGGGACAGAAGGACACAAGUGUGGGGCCUGUGGACAUGAUAUCUCCCACCUGGCUAACCCACAUGAGCACCAGUGUAUGGUGAGCCAGGACAGGUCUUUCCAGUGCACUCAGUGUUUAAAGAUUUUCCACCAGGCCACAGACCUGCUAGAACAUCAGUGUGUUCAGGUGGAGCAGAAGCCAUUUGUGUGUGGGGUGUGUAAGAUGGGCUUCUCUCUACUCACCUCUUUAGCCCAGCACCACACGUCCCACAAUAGCACCAACCCUAUGAAAUGUUCAAUAUGCGAGAAGACCUAUCGACCGGGCUCUUCUGGCAACGGCACACCUAACUCCAAUAAUCCCCAGCAGCCCAACAGUGACGGAGCGUCGGCCAGCAGCAGCUCUUCUAUUCUGCCCUUCCCCUCGGCCCGAGACCGGCCGUACAAAUGCUCCGUUUGCCAGAAGGGCUUCAAACACCUGUCAGAACUCACGCGUCACGAGAGGGUGCACACGGGAGAGAAGCCCUUCAAAUGUGACACAUGUGACAAGGCUUUCAGCCAGUCGUCACACCUGCAGCACCACCAGCGAACACACAGCAGCGAGCGCCCAUUCAAGUGUGCGGUUUGUGAAAAGAGUUUCAAGCACCGCUCCCACCUUGUGCGCCACAUGUACGUGCACUCAGGUGAGCACUUGUUUAAAUGCAACUUGUGCGAGCUGCACUUCAAAGAGUCGUCCGAGCUCCUGCACCACCCCUGCCACCCCCAGGGUUCCCGCCCCUUCCGCUGUGCAACAUGUGGUAAAGGUUUCAAGCGGCCGUCUGACCUGCGGCAACACGAGCGCACACACUCAGAGGAGCGGCCUUUCCACUGUGACGAGUGUCAGAUGAGCUUCAAACAGCAGUACGCGCUGGUGCGCCAUCGACGCACACACAAAGACACUACUGACCGGCCAUUCAAAUGCAACCUGUGUGACAAGGGCUUCAUGCAGCCCUCUCACCUCCUAUACCACCAGCACGUCCACGGCAUGGAUAACCUGUUCAAGUGCGCCUCGUGCCAGAAGGAGUUCAGCCAGUCAGGAGAGCUGCUCAGACACAAGUGCGGCGAGUCGUCCAACUCGUCGCCCGACAAGCCGUACAAGUGUGACGUCUGCGGCAAGGGCUACAAGAAGAGUUCCACGUUACAGCGUCAUCAAAACUCUCACUGCCAAGAGAAGCCCCUUAAGUGCUCGCUCUGCGACCGCCGUUUCCUGUCCUCUUCGGAAUUUGUCCAGCACCGAUGCGACCCGUCGCGGGAAAAGCCGCUGAAGUGCCCCGACUGUGAGAAACGUUUCAAAUACUCCUCAGACCUGAACCGACACCGGCGCGUGCAUACGGGGGAGAAACCAUACAAAUGUGGCCACUGCAACAAGGGCUUCAAACAGCGCGAGCACCUCACCAAACACCAGAGCACACACUCCAGAGAGGGCCAGUUCAAGUGUGUUUGGUGUGGUGAGCGUUUCAGUGACUUGGGCUCUUUGCAGGAUCACACGGUGCAGCACACAGCUGACGGAGGGGGUUACCCUGUGCCCCAGUGCAUAUAAACCUUUGAAGACUUUUCCCCCUCGAACAGACGGUCCUCUAAACUCCUGUCCUCUUGUCCAUCCCUUGUAGGCUAUUGAUUUAGCCUAACUAUCUCCACAUGUGCAGGACAGUCCAGGCUAUUAUUAUUACAUUCAUUCCCACAAGUGAUUCAUCAGGUUUGUGUUGCUUUACUGAAGUGGCAAAAGCACUUCAGUACUGUGACCCUGUCAUUCCUUCCUUCUCUCCCUGUGCUUUCCUCUUUGUUCCAACUCAUUUUCGUCUCUUUCUCUCCUUUUCUUUGCCCCACAAUCACAGUUGAUAGCAGUGAAGAGGCCACAACCACUUUAACUGCCAUCAGAUAUAGUUAAUCGGACUGUUGCAGACAGAAACAGGUGCCACAUUGCAGGAUGAUCCAUAUUCCAUAUCCAGUAUAGCCUUCCUUAUAACCCCCUCUCAGAAAAGACAAAAGAUGAGACAUCUCUUCAUUGUCUUAUAAGAGGCAGCCAUAGUUUUUUUUAACUAGUUUCACACUAAAUAGGGAAGAAUUGGCUUAAUGCAACGUGCCACAGAUGCAACGGGCAGGAUUUGUCGGCAUGUGUCCAGUGCAGUACUAAACAUCCCUGAGAAAUAUAAACGCAAAUUGUCCACUCUGCGGGGAAUGGCAGCUAAAAAUCCAGUUAAGCACAAAGUCAGUAAAAAUUCAGAUCCAGAAGUAUUUUUUUUUGUGUGUGUGUGUGUGUGUUCAUAUUAUGUGGAGCUAGAGUCCACACACUUAUCUGCAUUUAUCUGUUCAUCUUUUUUUACAUAGUUUUUGCCCCAAACCUAGUUCUAGACAUGUAUAAUUGUUACAUACAUGACUGCCUGGAUGUGCAGCACAGCUGGAUUAAUUUCCCUCUUUGUUUGCAUGAGCCAUUUUGGCCGAUGCUCUGUGUUCAGUCAGAUGUCAUUUAAUUGUAUAAUCUAAAUCAGAUUAGGGUUGUACAGUUAUCUUACAACUUCCAUCCAUCAAAUUUGCUUACGAUGUCUGUGUAAUCACUGUACAGUCAUGAGAAAAAUUAUGAGACCAUUGUUUUCUUCAGUCUCUGUUCAUUUUAAUGCCUGGUGCAACUAAAUGUACAUUUGUUUGGACAAAUAAUAAUGAUAACAACAUAAAUAGCUCAGAAGAGUUUAAAUUAGGAGCUGAUAUCUGACAUUUUCCAUGGUGUUCUCGAUGAGGAUUUUGGUUAUUAUCAAGAAAACCAGAGAAAAUGUCUAGAUAUCAGCUCUUAAAUUAAACUCUUAUCAGCUAUUUUUGUUGUUAUCAUUAUAUUUGUCCAAACAAAUGUACCUUUAGUUGUACCAGACAUUAAAAUGAACAAGAAAUUGAAGAGAAAUGGUGGUCUUGUAUUUUUUUUCCAUGACUGUAUUUCCCAACAAGGAGGGACACAACUUCAAUAAUAUUAUAUUUUCUAUAUUACACUUUCAGAUCAUGAUAGCAGACACAUGUAGGUUGUUUGCUUGGAAAGUUCCCAUUUGUUGGUGGGGGGAAAAAAAGAGUGAAACAUUUUACAAUUGUUCCAACUUUCCCCUGUUUUAAAUUGUACUGAAGUAUUCCAUAGAGUUGAAUAUCUGCCUAAUGUGACAGAGCAGAAGACUGUAUUGACUGCUACAGUGUCCACUAGACGGGCAUCUUUUUUUUCUUCUUCUCCCCUCUGGUUUCUUCCUCUCUUUCUCUUCCCCACUCUGCAGUUUCUCCCUCUCUCAUUCUUCCUCUCAACUUUGCUUUCUUUUGCCUCCUCCUCUUCCUGCCUCAGCCUGUCACUGUUUAACAUCAGAAGACUGGAAAGUCUGACUAACCCUUCAAGACAAUGAGGGUGGAAGGCCUUGAAACGCUUUUGGCUUAUACAGAAUGUCUUUUGGUCCCGACCCGACUCCCUGCAUCCACAUCCCAUUUGGGUUUUUAGUAUUUUUAAACAUAUUAUUUAUGAAGAAGCCGGUGAACUCCUCAGCUUGUGUGAAGGGAAACAAUGUUGCAGAAGUUUGGGGAUUUAUUGUCCUAUUAAAGUGAAAUAAUUCUAAUAUACCAAAACAACAGUGUGAAACAGCACCCAAUCCCACAAGCAUCAAUAAAACCCAGAGGAUUGAUACCGAACUCCCCCCUUCAGUAGAGACAAAUAUAGAAAUAUAUAUUUCACACGAAAAUAAUGGUCAUAUUCCUGCAGUGCUGUUAGACUUCUUUGUACUGAAAAUGUCCAAGUUUGAACAUUACACUUCCUCUCUCAGCCUGUACAUACUAUGGAUGUGUGAGUUGGGAAUGUCAGAACUUGUCUUUCUUUUAUAAAAAAAAAAUAAAAAAAAAAUGUAAUAACUGUUUUUGUAUUCUUGCUACUUUUUACCAUGUGAAAUGUUUUGAAAUGCUCUUUUGUUUGUUUUGUAGUGAUUGUACUGGUAUGUUGCAGGGAAUCCCAAAGGGCACCCUGCAUAUGUGUGUGUGUGUGUGUGUGUGUGUGUGUGUGUGUGUGUGAGUGAAUGUAAAUGGUAUUCUGUCAAACAGGGAAAUUCAAAAUGUAGAGAAUUGUAAUAGAAAUGUUUCAGCAGACCUGCGCCUUUCUUUUUUUUUUUUUUAAAUUUACUAACCUUACUGGUCUGUCCGAGCUGUUUUGCAGGAUGAAUCUGCACUUUGUGUUGAAUAUUUUCCAUGUUUUGAAAGAAUAGGUGAUACUGUUUUUCCUGUUACAUGUUGGUGGAAGCCGUGUCUGUCAGAGUGGGUUUCUACCAGAGUGAAUGACACCUUCCUCUUCAUUGAAUGCUAUGAGAUUCUGUUUGCUCUAAAGACGCCUGGAGAACAAUUUGGUUUACAUGUCAGCUGUGAUGGCCAUGCUUCUUUUUCCUCUUCAUGUGUGGAGCUGUUCCCUCUCUCUCACUGUUGAUUCAUGAUUAGAGUACAGCAUUGACAAGUACUGAAUACAAACGGAGAAGGCCAAGGAAACUCAAGUAACAUUUUUAUUCUGGCUUGCAAUUCUUUUCUUUUUCUUUCAGCCUUAAAAUGAGGCCUUGGUGAUCUGUCUCUGUCCUUCAUCAUCAUCAUCAUCAUCAUCAUCAUGCAAGGUCAGAUGGUUGGUUUCGUCAACCAUCACAUUUUUAUUUUCUGAAUCUGGCAUUAUAAGACUGAAAACAUUUUGGACUCAAAGUAGUACUGUAUGUUUUUUUUAUGGUUUCAUAUUUGUUUUUUGUUUUAUGAAUCUUUAAAUUGAUAUGAAAAUCUAUAUUUCUCAAUGGAGAGACCAGGGCCUCAGGGUAGGUUUAGGAGAAACAUGGCUGCAUUUCUUCACACAUUAUCUACCAGAGUUAUACUCAACUUUCACAGAGUUGCUUCUAAAGCCAAAUCACAGGAAAAAAAAUCAACACAGAGUUCUAUAGGGCGAUGAUGUAACAGUUGAAUAAUACAACACAUCAAAGAUCAACAAGGGAGGUUCAUAUUUGCCAAGAAACACAAGUGCUCAAUGACUGGUCUUAUUAAUUGGUGCUAACACAUCAUUAAACGUGCAUAAUAAACAAAUAGUUGCUCUGGGUGCAGGACAAGGACUUCACGCACUAUAUAGCUCAGACAGUACACUUAAAGUGUAAUAAUAAUAGUACAAGUGAAUGUUCAAAGCCCAGCAGCACUGCUUUAGUUAUUUGUAUUGUUAUAAAUGUGGUUCGGGUUGGUGAAACAUUAACAUAGAGUGAAAUGGAGGAAAGCACUUGUUCCAUUUUGACCAAUUUAGAUGAAUAAGUCCAUCCCAUAUCCAACAUGCCUUCAGGGAAAGGAGAGGAACGUCUCCUGUAUAAGCACAAAGUAAAAAAAAAAAGCCACCCCUUUGCAUUUUAACUGGUGGUUUCAAUGGAAAAGGUCAGUUUGGCAAACCCACGCCUCCCACCAUCCCCUUUCCUUUUCAGUUGCAGUAAUAAACCCGUCAGACCCUGGUGUCUCCUGCUCUCUGCAUGCUUGCUGUGUUAGUUCCUGUGUUCUGUCCCUGGGAACUGGUGCUCCCCCCCCCCUCCUCCUCACAGCACUGUUCCUUCUAUAGCUUUUUCAAAUUGUACUGUAGUUUAUGUGAAUGAUGUUGGAAAAAAAGAAAAGAAAAAAACUUUGUGGCGACGUACAAUAUGUGUACAUUCAUGCUAAGAUUAUCUGUAUGUAUGUAGCAUUCAAUUACGCUCAGCACUAACAAAUAAAACUUUUUUCAUUUAUAAA